AUGUUCUCCCAUAAUUCACAUUGUCCUGAUUGUGGGCAACAGUGGUUCCCUAGUUUAGAACUAGGGCAUUGGUUAUACCAAACUGAACUUAUUGAAAAUGAGUAUUACCAAGUAUUCUUAGACUACAUUAACAGAGCUCAUUAUAGCCCUGAAUGUUAUCCUGAUAAUCCUGCUAAUAGAAGCAUUGUUCUGCCUUGGUCUUUCCCACUUGAGUGGACACCUCAAAAUCUCACAAGGUGGACCUUUGAAAAAGCUUGCCAUCCAUUUCUUCUAGGUCCUGCACUGGUUAGAAAAAGGAUACAUGACUCCAGAGUAGCUGGUUUUAAUCCUGCAUUGCAAUUAAUCUUGACCAGAACAGACAAAACCUUAAACAAAAACUUGGCCAAAGCAAUGUGA